AUGGCUCCUAAUCGUGAGUCGUUUACCGACAGAUCCUACAACGCAAUAGAGAAAGCAGCCGACGAAGCAGAGGAGCAUGGCCACCCACAAGUGGUGCCCGCCCACCUUGGUUACGUUCUCAUCAAUGGAGACGACGAGGAGGGGCACGAUGACAUUCCCAUGUUCAAGCAGGCCAUCGAGAAGGCUGGCGGAGACCCAGAAGCAAUGAUUCGGUAUUUGAAGAAAGUCAUUGUCCGACUGCCUGCCCAGUUUCCAGCAGUCUCCCAGGUUACCAUCUCCUCCGCCCUGAACGACGUUAUGGCCGCCGCCUAUAAACUAUCGAAGAAGCAGAAGGACUCUUACGUUUCAAUAUACCACCUUAUAUCAGCCCUUGCGCAAGAAAGAACCAUCGAACAAGGCCUCACAGAAGCCGGUGUCCCGUCUGCCAGCAAAAUCGAGGAGGCUUUGACGGAGAUACGCGGCUCGAAGAAGAUUGACAGCAAAACCGCAGACUCGACCGACGGUGGAAACGAAUGGCUAAAGAAGUUUACGGUUGACAUGACCGCGCUGGCCAGAGAAGGAAAGAUUGACCCCGUCAUUGGGCGGGAGGAAGAAAUGCGAAGAGUAAUUCGCAUCUUGAGCCGACGGACAAAGAACAACCCUGUCCUGGUGGGUGAGCCCGGUGUUGGAAAGACAACCGUUGUCGAGGGCCUGGCGAGACGUAUCGUCAACUCAGACGUCCCAGCCAGCUUGGCCAAGUGCAAGCUGCUGUCUCUCGACAUAGGCAGCCUUAUCGCCGGUGCUUCAUACCAGGGCCAGUUCGAGGAACGAAUAAAGAACGUGUUGAAGGAGAUAGAAGCCUCCGACGUCACUAUCAUCCUUUUCAUCGACGAAAUCCACAUGCUCAUGGGCGCUGGCGCCUCAUCGACCGGUGGAAUGGAUGCUGCUAAUCUUUUGAAACCCAUGCUCGCGAGAGGCCAGCUACACUGCAUCGGAGCAACGACUCUCAAUGAAUACCAGAAGUACAUCGAAAAGGAUUCCGCCUUCGAACGCCGUUUCCAGCAGGUCCUGGUUCCCGAACCCACGGUCCCAGAGACGAUAUCCAUUCUGCGAGGUCUCAAGGAGCGAUAUGAAGUGCAUCAUGGAGUGAACAUCCUGGACUCAGCUAUCGUUUCUGCUGCAACCCUCGCUGCCCGCUACCUCACCACGCGACGGCUCCCGGACUCUGCCGUCGAUCUUAUUGACGAAGCCGCAGCAUCAGUAAGGGUAACCCGUGAAUCGCAGCCGGAAGCCCUUGACCUCUUGGAGAGACGACACCGCCAGCUCCAAAUUGAAAUCCAUGCCCUGGAACGUGAGCAAGAUAAAGACUCCAAGGUGCGUUUGGAGAAUGCGAAAAAGGAGGCCGAGGCCGUCAAUGCGGAAUUAAUUCCACUGCGCGACAAGUACAUGAAAGAAAAGGAGCUUAGCCAAACCAUCCAAGAGGCGAAGAUCAAGCUGGAGUCUCUCAAGGUACGGCUUGACAGCGCAACACGCUCCGGAGACACUCAACGAGCCUCAGACCUGGCCUACUAUGCCAUCCCCGACGUGGAAAAGCGGAUCAGCUCGCUGGAGAGUGCGAAAGCCAAGGCUGAUGCAGCACGCGUGAAUGCCGGAGGAGACGGCGACUCCCUUGUUGUCGAUGCUGUCGGACCAGACCAAAUCAAUGAAAUCGUUGGCCGAUGGACAGGAAUCCCCGUCACUCGACUGAAGACGACCGAAAAGGACAAGCUACUGAACAUGGAGCAGCAGCUGAGCAAAACCGUCAUAGGUCAAAAGGAAGCCGUCCGUUCAGUGUCGAAUGCGAUUCGGCUGAAAAGAUCUGGUCUCAGCAAUCCAAACUCGCCUCCAAGCUUCCUAUUCUGCGGUCCAUCAGGAACAGGAAAGACACUCUUGACCAAGGCCCUGGCCGAGUUCUUGUUUGACGACCCAAAUGCCAUGAUCCGCUUCGACAUGUCCGAAUACCAGGAGCGGCAUUCACUCAGCAGGAUGAUUGGCGCUCCUCCAGGCUACAUCGGCCAUGAUGCCGGUGGCCAGUUGACGGAUGGCCUCAGGCGUCGGCCAUUCUCAAUCCUGCUAUUUGACGAGGUCGAGAAGGCGGCCAAGGAGAUCCUUACCGUCCUCCUCCAGCUGAUGGACGAUGGCCGCAUCACCGACGGCCAAGGCCGCAUUAUCGACGCCAAAAACUGUAUUGUCGUGAUGACCUCCAACCUGGGCGCGGAAUACCUCAGCCGGCCAACUCUUCCCGACGGCUCAAUUGAUCCAACAACCCGACAGCUGGUCAUGGGUGCCCUGAGCGACUACUUUCUUCCGGAGUUCCUCAACCGCAUUUCCAGCACCGUCAUCUUCAACCGCCUUCCGAAGCGCGAGAUCCGCAAGAUCGUGGAUGUCCGGCUGGCUGAGAUCCAGAAACGGCUGGAGAGCAACGGCCGCAGAGUGAAGAUUAUGUGCUCUCCGGAGGUCAGAGACUAUCUUGGCAAGGCAGGCUAUUCGCCCGCAUACGGUGCUCGACCAUUGGCCCGUAUUAUCGAGAAAGAACUCUUGAACAACCUGGCCGUGUUCAUCUUGCGAGGCAGCAUCAGAGACGGAGAGGUUGCUCGGGUCGUGAUGCAGAAUGGGAAAAUCGCGAUUGUCCCCAACCAUAAGGAUGACUAUGUGGAUAAGAUGGACAUUUCCUCUGAUGACGAAGAAUACGAUACCGAAGACGACGACGAGGAGGACGAAGGUGACGCAGACGGGCUCUACAAGUGA